CGGGAAUCGAACCCUGAUCGCCUGGAUCCUAGGUCGACGCUCAACCACUGAGCCACGCCCAGCCGGGCCCUUUUUCUUGUUGCUGGGGUGCCAAAAACCUUUGGUUUUUUAUUUAGGUUUCUUCAACAGAUAUUUAAUACAUGCCUGAGUGUGCUUAAUACACCUGAGAUAUGGUAUCAACUAGACAGAUAUGGCCUUUCUUGUUCAAAUGAAAUCUGCAUUUUAUUUAUUUAUUUACUUACUUAUUUUUAGUACUCAGGCAAGAGGUUUAUUAAAAAGCUCAUGUGCAAGAGGGAGUUAUCCCCUCCCCAAGGGAAAGGAAGAAUGGGCUGCUUUUUUUUUUUUUUUUAAUCUACAUUUUUGUUCAGAGGAUGUUAAGGGAGAGUUGGAGUAAACCACUGGAUAGGUGUUAGGCAAAGGCAGAUUGUAUGGCAUUUUGAAAGCCUGGCAGGGGAUUUAUGACAUGGUGCAGUAAGAAAUAAGGAGCUCUGGGUUUAUUUGCAGGCUGUGUGGGUUAGAAGGAAUACGGACUUUGGAGUUAGCCCAACCUGACCUUACUACACUGCUAGUGUGUGGCUUGAGCAAACCAGUUAAUCUCUCUGAGCUUCAAGUCUUUAUCUAUAAAGUUUAAAAUAGUGCUUACCUCAUAGUGUGAUGAAAUGAAAUUAAGUGACAUAAUGAGACAUAGAAUGAGUGCGUUCUAAAAUUUGUCAUUUGCUAACUUGAUUUGAAUUUGUGAAAACUGCUACAAUGUUCUCUUUAGUGUCCAAUGUAUAACUUGUGACUGUACAAUAAACUUGAGCAUAAGGUGCCAAAAAGAAAGAAAAAGAAAUUAAAUGACAAUGUAAAUAAAGUGCUUAGUAUGGCGCUUGGCAUAUAGUAAGUGCAAAUUUAAAAACAAAUGGCUUUGGUAUCCUGUUUUGAAGCUGAUGAUGUUCAGGAGUGGAAGGGUUAAGUUACUUGGCUAGGGUCACACAGCUAGUAGAUGAUGGACCAGGGAGUCUGGAUUUGAACUCUGGUGCUUCUCCAGAGCCAUCUCUUUGAACCCGAGCUUUGUCCUACUUCCCACAGGAAUGAUUCCUUGGCGGGUUGCUGAAGCUUUAUGAGAAAAUGCCUGUUAAAGUUCUUAGCUCAGUGCCUGGCAAUUGCUAAGUAAUGUUAGUUUGUGCUCUCCUUUCCCUAGAACACCAGAUAGCUUCCAGGGUUUUGAGGAACUGCUACUCCAUCCUGAUUGAAGAAGCACAGGGUUUCUCACAGGUUACUGGAAAAACUUUUUGCCUGCUGGUUGUAGGUCGGCUGCCUGCCCAGACACUUGCCCCCAGCCGCACUGGGGCAUAGUCCUUGCAGCUGUGGAUUUCUUGCUCCUCUAGGGUGAAGGCCAUGCCGCCCCCUGGGAAAGUUCCCCGAAAGGAGAACCUGGGGCUCCAGUGUGAGUGGGGGUCCUGCUCCUUUGUGUGCUCGGCCAUGGAGGAGUUCUGCGAGCACGUCACGCAGCACCUGCAGAAGCACCUGCACAGCUCAGGGGAGGAGGAGGAGGAGGAGGACCUGCUGGAGGAAGAAUUCUCCUGCUUAUGGCAGGAGUGUGGCUUUUGUUCUCUGGACAGUUCUGCUGACCUUGUCCGCCAUGUCUACUUCCACUGCUACCACACCAAGCUGAAACAGUGGGGGCUGCAGGCCCUGCAGAGCCAGGCUGACCUCAGCCCGUGCAUCCUGGACUUCCACAGCCGCAACAUGAUUCCUGACAUCCCUGACCACUUCCUGUGUCUGUGGGAGCACUGUGAGAGCUCCUUCGACAAUCCUGAGUGGUUCUAUCGGCAUGUGGAAGCGCACAGCCUGUGCUGUGAAUACAAAGCUGUUGGCAAAGACAACCACGUGGUGCUGUGUGGCUGGAAAGGAUGUACCUGUACCUUCAAGGACCACUGUAAGCUUCGUGAACACCUCCGUAGCCAUACCCAGGAGAAGGUGGUGGCCUGCCCCACCUGCGGGGGCAUGUUUGCCAACAACACCAAGUUCUUAGAUCACAUCCGUCGCCAGACCUCGUUGGAUCAGCAACGCUUCCAGUGCUCUCAUUGUUCCAAGAGAUUUGCCACUGAGAGGCUGUUGAGGGACCACAUGCGUAACCAUGUGAAUCACUAUAAGUGCCCUCUGUGUGAUAUGACCUGUCCACUGCCAUCCUCCCUCCGCAACCACAUGCGCUUUCGCCACAGCGAGGACCGGCCCUUUAAAUGUGACUGUUGUGACUACAGCUGCAAGAAUCUAAUCGACCUCCGGAAGCACCUGGAUACCCAUAGCAAGGAGCCAGCAUACAGGUGUGAUUUUGAGAACUGCACCUUCAGUGCCCGAGCCCUCUGCUCUGUCAAGUCGCAUUACAGAAAAGUGCAUGAAGGUUACUCAGAGCCAAGGUACAAAUGUCAUGUGUGUGACAAAUGCUUCACAAGGGGCAACAACCUCACCGUUCAUCUUCGCAAGAAGCACCAGUUCAAGUGGCCCUCGGGGCACCCCCGUUUUCGGUACAAGGAGCAUGAAGAUGGCUACAUGCGGCUGCAGCUAGUUCGCUAUGAAAGUGUGGAGCUGACACAGCAACUGCUGCGGCAACCACAAGAAGAAUCGGACCUUGGAGCAUCACUGAAUGAGAGUGGCCUGCAGAGCAUCAUUCUAGAAACAGUGCCAGGGGAGGCAGGACCCCAGGAAGAGGUGGAAGAGGAAGAGGGCAGAGGUAGUCAGGGGACAGCCUUCUCUGCCUCUCAGGACACCUCCAGUUCCGUCAUCCACAUGGUGAAUCAGACCAAUGCUCAAGAGAUUGUCUAUUAUGUGCUGUCCGAAGCCCCGGGAGAGCCUUCCUCCAGCCCCUGAGUCCCUCUCAGGAAGCAUCAUGGAAAAGCUUUGGGGAAUAGCUGAGGAGCCAGAAGUUCAGAUGGUAUGAAGGCGGUCGAGCGUGGCCAUUCCUAACCUAGGCUUGGUUUAGAGCCAGGCUGGUGGCAGUGCCCCUUUGGGCAGCCCUUGCCAAUGGAUGCCUUUGGAGUGGUGCUGAGAGCAGGUGUGGUCCGCUCUGGAUCUGGCUUGCAUCAGUCAGCAGAUUCUAAGGACUUUCCUUUUCUGCCAGACCACGUUUUUGUGGGGAUCCUGAGGAAUUUGGAUUCUUUGAGGAGGACACCUGGUUGUGUAUGUUCUUGUAGAGGGAGCUAGUAUCAUACUCAACCAUGACUCGCAGACUUGCUGGAACAGUGAUUAAAAUCCUUAGUCAACUUGCAUGCAUUCCUAUUUUUAGGGUUUCUCAGGCCCAGGGAUGACAUGUAACUAGUCCCCACAGUCCCUUUCAUCACAAUCAGCUGAGGCGUUGUGAACCAGGCAGCCAUUGCCCUCAAAAGGGUUCCUCCUACAACCCCAGGAGUGCCCUGUCAUCCUCGGGGAUUGGGCUGGGGGCACUGAGUGUUGUAGGACUUGUUUUUAGUAAUAAAUGCUCCUGCUGCUACUCCUUUCUUCUUCCUGGUGUUUGGCAGCAGUUAACUAGGUAGUGAGAUGCAGCCUCACAGAAGAGGAGCUGAAUAAUCAGGCUUGUUCCCCUUUUAGUGGCUGGGGUUGGUUUUCUGUGUUUAAUGUGUCUUGUUUCCAGCUCUCCUCCCCCUGCUCUUAUGAAACCUCCAUUUCUUCUUAGCCAUCCCAUCUCCCUGGAGGUCCCAGGCAUAGGCCGUGAGUUGAUAAUAGCAGCACUCUAGAAUGGAUGAAUGGGGCUAACCAGGAAGAUACCACAGCAGACCCUCUGAGUUCUGAUUAGAACCCAUUACCUCUGGGGUAGGCAGUUCUUUCUCUGUGGGACUGUGGGACAGGGAAGGAAGCUGGUGUGGAGGAUGGGUUUGGAGGCCGUAGGGACUGGUAGGUGCUCGGAGUCCAGGAACUAAGGUAGAACAUUGUGAGAGUACAUUUUCCUGGGGAAAGGGUCUGGUUUUCAUUAAAUCCCAGAGGUUGAAACCCCCUGAAGUAAGAAUUAGGCCUGCCCAGCCACUUUACAGUAAUCUAUGUCCAUUCUUAGUAUCUCCUGCUCUGGAAAGAUCAAGAAAAUAUUAUCUGGGGUCUUGGAUGGGCAGGGAGCUGCCCAAAAAGGGUUUCUGGGUCUUUUUUAAAAGACCAAAUUUAAUUCUUAUUAUAAAGACUGUGUAUUGCUGAAGGAAAUAGGAAAGAAGAAUCUUCAUUAAUUCCAUCAGCCAUCCACUGAAUUCCGCCUAUAGUGCAGGCACUGGGACAGGUGCUAAGGAUACAGAUGACUAAAACCCAGGACCUGCCCUGGAGGGACUUGCAGUACAGAUUCAAGGAAAGAUCUAAGUCAGUGAAAUGAUAGAAGCCUGUCAGGGUUCAUUUAAAAGGCUCCAAGUAGGAGUAGACAGUAUUAUUUGGGCAAGGGAUCAGGCAAGGCUUCAUCAAGGAAAUGAUUAGAGCUACCAUUACAAAGAGGUGGACAAGUUAUUCCAAGUGGAAGAAAAGUCUGUAAACAAAGCUAAAGAGGUACUUUAUGGUGUGUGGCACAGAGGGCCACAGGCCGUGGAGAGACAAGACAGAAAGGAAGGCAGGACCACCCAAAAGGACCAUAUAAAGUUUUAGAGUGGUGAUUCUGGUACUGAUGGUUGCUGGAAUUCAGGCAAGAAAUAACAAAGGCUUUAAAGCUGUAGCAGUGUUGAUGUCCACUUUGCCUCUACAAGAGCUCUUUCAUGAAAUGGCAGUGUGGAAGAGAGAGAACACAGGAAUUAAAAAUUUCCACAAGCAAGCGCUGGCCAGGUAGCUCCGUUAGAGCAUCAUCUGGAUACACCGAGGUUGCGGGGUUCCAUCCUCAGUCAGGGCACAUGCAAGAGUCAACCAGUGAUGCAUAAAUAAGUGGAACAGCAAGUUGAUACGCUCUCCUUUCUAAAAUCAAUCAAUAAAAAAUAUUUUUUAAAACCCACAAGCAAAGGCACUACAUUUCGAGGUUUUAGUAUCCUGUACUAAGUUUGCCUCCACACCCUGUCCAUCCACAAAAUAAGUGUUAUCCCUGUUCUCCCAUCAGGACUUCUUUGGGUUAAGCAGUACCCUCAGUUUCUUCUAUGCUUCCUCAUGUCUUAUAAUUUGGGGUUGCCUCCUCUGGGCCUGUGGUUUUGGUAGUUACAUCAUGCUCCCAAUUUAUUGCGAAGCACUGUCCUCUGGAACCCCAAAGUUUUGUUUUUUACAUUUUGCUAUUGCCCAAUCCAUGUUCCCUCACUUUGUGUGUAUGUAGCGUUACUUUGUACCUAAUAGCAGGCCCUCGUGUUUGUCCCUAUUAAAUUUUGCCUUGUUCGACUUGAUUGACAGCUGUCUCCAAGUGGUAGGUGAAGAGGUUGAAUAGAACAGGGUCCAAAAGACCCCACAUGCAAGUCAUUAGAGAUUUUCCUCCUGACCAGAACCAGAUGAAGAUUUUGAAGGCUAAAUCCUUAAAAGACUGUAGUGCCCCAUUCUCCAUAUAUAAUUCAAAAAUGGAAAUAUGAAACAUACAGGGAGUCAAACAUGAUCACACUUUCAAAAAUAUGCGUAUGUAUAUAAAAAUAUGGUCUUCAUUUUUUUGCUUUUAA